UAGGUCAGAGAGCAAUCUAUAUUCGUUUCUACUUGCAGCAAUCAAAAUGAUUCUCCUGCAAACGUUUUUUGCGUUACUAUUUUUACAACUUACAAUUGCUUCUGACAGUACAGGACAAUGCCCGUUUGGCUAUGAAUUGAUUGAGUUUCGGUUGGAAUAUUUGGAAAACAAAGUGUCACAACUAUUUGAGAAGCUCGAGACUAUCGUGGGAGAAAAUCAGCUUGCAACGGAUGAGCGGAUGGAAAAUUUAUCAGCAAACGUUACACGGAUAUUGGAACUUCUAGAAGGGGUGGAACGAACUGGGGCACUAGUGGACCAUCAGAAUCGGCUGGAUAACAUUGAUGACGCUGGUGCAGUCGUGAACAAUGCCAGCACCAUCACCACCUGCCGAGACACCCCCUCGACCGGAAUUUUCCAGCUGAAGCUCCCCACCCUGUCACCAACGGCGCCCGCCCCGAUCCCCGUUCUGUGCGGUGUCACCCUGUCCCACGGCACCUGGCUCGUGAUCCAGCAGCGCUUUGACGGCUCGGUCGACUUUAACCGUAACUGGACCGAGUACCGGAACGGAUUUGGCGCGAUGGCGAGCUUUGGCGAGUUUUGGCUCGGGCUGGAGCCGAUUAGUCAAAUUACGCGCAGCGGCGGUGAGUUUGAGCUGAUGGUGGAGCUGAAAAACGAGGCCGGGGAGUACGGGUGGGCGAGGUACGAUCGGUUUGAGGUCGAUGGGGAGGGCGGGAAGUACCAGCUGGCGGAGCUGGGCGAUUAUGGUGGAACCAUGGGCGAUUGUAUGGGUAACAGUGGGGGUAUGAAGUUUACCACGGUGGACAGCGAUAAUGACAACUGGAGCAGGAACUGUGCCCAGCACUAUUUCGGAGGGUGGUGGUACAACUCGUGCGUUUUCAAUAACCUCAACGGAUUGUUCCAACCGAAACCUGGCGGAUACGGAAUCCACUGGAAUGGCUGGACCAAAGCUGCAACGUACAGCAGAAUGAUGAUUCGUCGAAAAUAAUUUAAUUCUCAUGAAUUUGACGGUAAAAUUUUCCUCAGUGUAUAUCUUUGUUGACAGUUCUCAAAAUACACGCUCACAGGAAGUAACCAACAAUCGCUUUAAAGUUUAAUCAACUCCAAAUUGAUACAUUCAUAUGUCAAUAAAUCAAUUUCCGUA